AUGGGCUUUAAACUCGCCCGGCCCCGCCCGUCCUGCCCGCCCUGCCCGCCUCCGCCGCCACCGCCUCCGCCUCCGCCUCCUCCCCCGGCCGCUUUUCCUGCUCCUCCUCCCGUCGCCGCCGCCCGGACCGCUCGGCGGCCGCCAGCGCGGGAGGAGCCGAGGCCUGGGCGCAGGGUGUGGCGCGGGGGGCACGGGCCCAGCGGCCGCGGGGCCAGACCCUCCCGGAGGCUCCGGCGCGGGCCGGUGCGCGGGGACCCGUCUUCCCGCCCCCGGGGCCCUCGGACGGGGGACCCCUGGACGUGGGACCGCGACCGCCGAGGUUCGGGCGGCCGCGCCAGCGAAAGACAAAUCAGACCUGUUCCGAAAGGCAAUUUCAGAAGGACCAAACGGAGGAGCCGCGGCUGCCCUGGACUCCGUCGGGAGCUAGCGGUCCCCAGACCGGGAAAAGGAAACCUGGCUUUGCUCACAGCCAGCCAGGUCUGGGGCCUCGUCUCUCAGAGCCUCAGUUUCCCCAUCUGCGAUUCCGCUGUGUGGACGUACAUCUAUUUCUCCAUCCAUUCACUGGCUGUGGAAAAUUUGGGCAAGUUCCAGUUUGAGGCAAUUGCGAAUAAAACUGCUGAUGUGCCAAACUAUUUUCAGAAUGCCUAUACCAUUUGCAUUGCACCAGCCAUCGGACAUGGCUGUGAUGCUGGAUGGAGAAUUCUGACCUCCUGGAGACCAGAGACACCACAGGAUGGGGAGACACCACGAUGGGCAGACCAGAUGUGGACAGUGGGAAGAGCCAUCAGAGAGAGGACGGAACCGGGACACGAGUUAUGAUAAGAAAGCACGAAACCCCUGGUGCACUGGCAGCCUUCCUGGCUCCAUGGGGAGUCCACUGAGGAGGAAGCUGACACUGUGGACCUCGAAGUGGAGCAGCAGAGGAGACAUAGGCAUAGGUCACAGACCAUGCAACCCUGGGCUUCACGUUCCACAAGUCACUAAGUGUCCCCGCUGUUUAGUGUUUUGACUGUUGUUUUGACUUUCAGCUUAAAGCAUCACGACUGGUUCAGCGGUUCACUAAGACAUCACAUGGUAAACAGGAGACGAGUGGUAUCACAGGGUUGCUUCUGCACUGAAGCCUCUGGCCCUUUUGCCAUCACAGCACAAGUUACUCAAAUAUUCAUGAAGAAAGUAGAGCUGCUCUAUCAUUGCAUCUACUCGUUUCUCAGGAGUAAGCUUCCCUGACUGGGAAGGGUGCAGAAGGAAGCCGGGAAGCUCCAAGUGGGGCUGGGAAGGGGUGUCAGUCCUCAGCGGAGACUUUGGACCCUUCACCCUACCCUCUGGCUCCCACUGAAAGCUCUGGCCUAGAACAGAGCAUGGGGGUUUGGGGAAGAUGUGUUUGUCCUCCUGCUACGCUUGAUGCUUGAUCUGCGUUGUCUCUGAAAAGGGUACAUGUGUAUACACAGUAACACUUUGAUUUCCAGAACUUUUUUGGGAAUAGGCCAUCAACAUCCAUUCUUGACAUCCUAAUCAAAUGUCUCAAAGACUCUCUCCAACCCUCAAUGCCAAAAUGCCCUCACAAACCCCAAAGACACCUACUCGGGGACUCCUACUCAACUCAAGAGUUGGGGUUGUGCCUGAACACUCGUGUUAGGGUCUAUAGGGAAUGAUAUACCAUUCCAGCAACAUGAAGGACAGUUGUUCCAGAAAAGCCACUGAGAAAUUCUGUCACGGUAAAGAGGACAGAGUUGGAAUUCAAUACGACCACACCCCUUACUUUGCCAUGGGGUCUGGGGCAGACGACCCAGUGACACUGAGCCUUAGGUAUAAUGCAGGGAUCACCUACUGUGGGGUGAGAAUUAAUCAGAUAAUGUGUCCAAAGUGCCUAGCAAUAUACUGGGCCCACAGCAGGUGCUCACUGGGGUUUUUAUUAUGACCUGGAGGCACCUUAGUAAUACUUAGAAAUGCUUAGAAUUAUACUUAGUAAUUCUGGAGUAAUAUUGGGAGUAAUACUUGGAGUAUACAUGGAGUAAUGCUUAGUAAUAUUUGCAGUACGCUCCACUCCUGCUCUGCUACUUGGUGAGACACUUAUUCUGGGGAGAUUGCAGCACCUGCCUCAUAGUGUCUUUUCUUAGGAUUGAAUGAGUUAGUGUAUGUAUGCACACAUAGUGCUCACAUAACACCUGCCGUCAGUAAACCUGGGGUCCAUACCUCCCCAUGAGCCAUCAGAAUAUGUUGGGGAUUAUCGUGAUUCCCAGGACCAUUAUUCUUCCUGCUCAUCCUGCCAGUAGGAUGACUGACCUGGUAUGGCCUCAGUGACCCUCUCCUCUGGGGAAGGAGACACUCAGAACAGCCGCCCAGUCAGGUGACAGUGUCCAAAGAAUGUACUUCUGUGUCUCAUGCAUGGGACAGGACAACUCUGUACCUGUCCCACCCCCAUUAUGUUGACAGGUCCCUCGAAGAGCCGGGCAGGGCUCCCUCUACACUCAAGGAGGCUCUUACCCCACACAUCCAGCUGCCACCUGGCCAGGUGACAUACAUGCCCUGCCUAGGCACACAGGGGAGCUCCAUUCUGGGGGACGUACACCUAAGAAAGAAAAGGAGAAACCAGUGCUGUGUGGCACUGAGGUCUCUUUAUAGCCACUUGUGAAAGAACAGCUAUCACUUAAAAUUUCCCUCAUAUACUCAAGCUUGCAGGAAGAGUUAAAAAUACUGAAAAUAUCAACUACCUAUGUGACCUUUUACCUUUUCCCAAUAAUUAUGACAUGUGUGUUUCAAUCUCAAUUCAAGAGGCGCAAGCUCCAUUUUCCGUUUGGGCGUAGCUGCCUCCAGCACCCCUUUCUAUGAAUCAACACCCGCCACAUGCCUGGCUGCUGGGCAUUUGGCCUGUGUCCAAUUUUUGGCUGCUAUGAAUAGUACUACAAUAAACACCCUUGGGCAAGCUGCUUCUUUUUUUCUUCAAACCCUUUACAUAUUUCACUAGAGCAUUGCUCUUUUCCUUUCC